AUGAGCCCCAUGCUGUGCUGGUAUGAGCACCAGAUGGUGGUGGUGCUCUGUCAGGGGGAAGAAGAGACGAAGCGGCUGCUGGAGCCAGCAGCCAGCCCUCCCAACAAGGUGCUGAAUGGAGCGGAGCAGAGCUACCACAACCUCCCAUCAGCGCGCACUGAUGAGCAGGCCAUGCUGUCCUCCAUCCUUGCCAAAACGGCCAUCAACAUCAUCGAUGUGUCGGCAGCGGAUUCCCAGGGCAUGGAGCAGCACGAGUACAUGGACAGAGCCAGGCAGUACAGCACACGCCUGGCCAUGCUCAGCAACAAAUUGACGCACUGGAAGAAGCUACCACUGCUGCCAUCUCUGACCAACCAGCCGCACCAAGUGCUCGCCAGCGACCCCAUCCCCUUUGCAGACCUGCAGCAGGUGUCCCGGAUAGCUGCCUACGCCUUCAGCGCGCUCUCACAGAUCCGCGUCGACGCCAAAGAAGAACUGGUUGUACAGUUUGGCAUCCCAUGAGCCCAUCCCCAGCACUGCUGCUUCACUGCUUUGGGUUGUUUUUUGGGUUUUUUCCCUUUUUUUU